GUACACGUACUGUCAAAUCCUCCCCGGGGUGUGUUGUUAGCUUCCUCUGGUCAGUAAAGGAGCAGCAUAUGUUACAGAGCUCCACAUGGCGCUACACCACCAGUAACCAGUCUGUAAGGAUUCCUUGGGACAGCCAGACUGGUAAGAUGUCGAUGGUGGUGUUUGCCUGUGUGGUUCGGGUCAACGAUGGCCUGCCCCUCUCUGCAUCUACUGACUAUGAGCAGGACAAAGAACUUCUGGAAGCCAAGAAGCACCUCAAGUUUAUCUCCAAGAAACUCACCCAUUUCAGUCACUGCAGCAGUCUGAAGUGUGGAGCCUACAAUGUCAAUUUUAUCACUUCACUGGGUCUUGGAUACCUGAUGGUGUGCACUGCAAACUACCCCAAUGUACUGGCCUUCUGCUUCCUGGAUGAGCUGCAGACAGAGUUUAUUGGAACUUAUGACCCCGAUAGGGUCAACAGUGCUGUUCGGCCGUACUCCUUCAUUGAGUUUGACACGUUCAUCCAGAAGACCAAACAGCGCUUUAACUGCCCCCGCUCCCUGUCUACCAAGAUCGACCUAGCUGAAAUACAGGCAGAUUUCAGGCUGCGACCGCCCCGCCAGAUCUCCCUGGAGGACCUGCGGGAUGUCGAUAGAUUCCCUGUGCACACGCCCUUGAAGUACAAGGGCAUAGCACCCACGCAGAUGUUGGAGCCAGUAACUCUCCCUGGUAUCGUGUCCUGUGUGCUCAGCAUCCUUUGUGGAGGCCUGAACCUGCUGCGUGGAGUCCAUGCUAUAGAGAGCAUACUGCAGAAUGACGAUGAAGACUUUAAUUAUGUGAUUGCCUUCUUCCUCGGCACUGCAGCCUGUCUUUAUCAGUGCUACCUGUUUGCCUACUUCUCCGUCUGGAGGAACAGUAAGUCCUUCCUGGCAUUUGCACUCAUCUGUCUGUCCAACAUGUAUCUGUAUGAACUGAGGAACAUGUGGCAGAUCCUGUUCCACGUGGCUGUGGCGGGCUUCAUGACCCUGCAGAUAAGACUGAGGCAGCCAGUAGGAAAAGCACCGGACUAUAACGUUUGACCUGAGGCCAAAUGGACCUUCAGUCGCACCUUUUCCACUGGCCCUAGAGAAGAAUGAAACCAGUUUUGGAGUUGGAAAAUGGUUCUUCCAGUUCAGGAAGACCAACCAAAAACUCCCAUCAGUGGACAUGGAAUGAGCUCAUUGUACAACUGUGAUGGAGAAAACUGCUGCAGCUCAACUUAUUGGAUCUUACCGGAUUGAUUUUUGGAAAUGUGUCUGAUUUCCUUAAUAUCAAAGUCCUGCAUACGCUACCUUUGACUCCUAGAUUCCACUGGUUGCUGUUACCACAAGCAUUUCAAAACUGUGUUUUAUCUACUGGUUUCACUGACUUCCUUAUUUGAUCUUUUUUUGGUUAUUUUUGUUCUUUGUUUUUUGUUCUGCUGUUAUAGGGGAAAAGGCAGUUAUUGUUUAAAAAGUCACUUUAUGGGACGUUACAUAAACACUCUGCUGCACAUUGGGUUAAAGUUACAAGUUAGGGCUGGGUGAUAUGUACAGAUUUUUACAGAAUGUCUUGUUAUUGCUGCAGAUUGGAAGAGUAUCUUGAUGAUGCAUGAAAAAAUUCAAGGAAAAAACUUUGUCUCAGUGUGAUGACAGACAUGAUUAUUGAAACAGGAAAAUAAAAGAUGUAAGAAAUUUCUUAUUUGAAAUAAUGCUUUAUUAUAAUGACACUGUACUUGAAUACAACACUUGAUGUUGUAUUCCAAUAAAGUCCAUUUAUUUUACAGUUCAACACAAAGGAGAGUUUACCAAAUGUACUGAUUACGUUCCAGUUUGACGCCGAAGCAGUUCAAUGAAACCCAAACACAGCACUAAAGUUAUGUAGUAAAAAACUGUGCUAACACUUAACUGCCAGUGUGAGAUUUACUCAGAAAUCUGAAUAUGUGGCACUUGGCAGAUGUCUUAUUUAUUUCUUCUGACAGGCAGUAAAAUAUUGAAAUCCUCGUUAUCCCCCAGCCCAAAUGCAAAUGUAUAGGUGUGACAAAUGAAAGGAGAAACAGGAUCUCUACCAGAAUGAGGAUGUCUUUAUCCACUGGACACAGGGACUCAAUGAAGAGUUGAGGAAAAUAAAGUGAAUGUUCUACAACUAUCAGUCACAACAUCUUAGUUUGGUCUAAAAUGUCCCACAGAUCUUCAGUCAGGCUAAAACCAUGUCAGUUUUUCCUUUCAUUUGUCACCAUCUGAACUAGUGCUAUUUUCUUUUUAGAAACAGAAACCUUUCUCUUUUCUUUCAAGAGCAAAACUUUAAAUUAAAUUCAGUCUUAACACAAAGCAUCAACAUGAGAACUUAGUGGUAAUAAAGUGCAGUGUGGAAUUGGCAAACCUGUUAUUUAAAUAAUGACAAAUAUAAUGUUAAGGCUUCUCAUUAAAAGUAGAGCGACUU